CCUUUUCCGGUUUAGAAGCAAGCGAUAUGGGCAAACCACGAGGUUUAAGAACCGCACGAAAACUGAGAAGCCAUCGUCGUGAACAACGUUGGCAUGAUAAAGAUUACAAGAAAUCCCAUUUGGGAACCCGCUGGAAGGCCAAUCCAUUCGGUGGUGCUUCUCACGCCAAGGGAAUCGUUUUGGAAAAAGUUGGUGUUGAAGCCAAACAACCUAACUCCGCCAUCCGUAAAUGCGUUAGAGUUCAAUUGAUCAAGAACGGCAAAAAAAUCACGGCUUUUGUUCCAAACGACGGUUGUUUGAAUUAUAUUGAAGAAAACGACGAAGUUUUGGUUGCGGGAUUCGGUAGAAGAGGUCACGCCGUUGGUGAUAUUCCCGGCGUCCGUUUCAAAGUCGUUAAAGUGGCUAAUGUGUCACUCUGGGCUUUGUACAAAGAGAAGAAGGAAAGACCUAGGUCUUAA